AUGAUCAACGGCACCAAGCUGCUCACGUUGGCUGGUAUGACAGCAGCACGCAAAGGCGCCUUGCUGAAGAGUGAGAAGACUAAACACGUGGUUAAACUCGGGCCAACACAGUUCAAAGGUGUCUGGAUUCCGUUCGAGCGUGCCCUGGAAUUGGCGAACGCGGAAAAGAUCGUCGAGUUGCUUUAUCCACUGUUCGUGGAUGACAUCGGGUCAUUCGUACAUCAGAUCUCGGACCAGAAGCCCACGCCUUAUGUCGACUCUCAACCCCAAUUCGAAGACGUGAAGGAAACGACUGGGAGUAGCAAAGCUAGAUCAGCUCACUCUUCUGUGAAGAAAGAGGAGGACGAGGAUUCACAACCGCUCGCCCUGGACACUGUGCAAAAUGUCGAGCUACAGGAGCUAGGAAUCCUUGGGUCACUAUUCAGAUCUCUCACAGAGACGCUGGGACUCAUCAUGAAGGAGUUCAGGAGCCAACACAGUGACGAUAGGUAUUACAUCUCUCUAGAGUCGACCUGCGCAACUUUGUUAUUCUGGGGUACCGACCUUGGACUGCCGCGAGGCGAGCUCGACGAUGUGCUUCAAGACUCUCCCCAGUUGCGCGACACUUGCCUGGCCGUUCUUGUAUCCAUCUCUCGAUUUGUGAGCACUUCUUUGAUACACCUUGUGGUCAGCGAGCAUCAUCGAAAAGAGAUAUUACAGUCUACCGAUUUUGCAACUGUUCUGGAACAAGUCACGGACAUGAUCGGUCGACAACAUGAUUACGCUUAUCAGCCCGAGCACGACGCGGAGACAAUGUGUCAAACCUUCCGUACGAAGAUCGAUACACUGGUCAUGUUGGCACCCAGCCUAGAAUCACCGGCUGAAGAAAUCUUCGACGAAGAGAAGCCUCGUACUAUCAAAGACAUCGGAGAAACCCUACCGGAGCAGGCCUACGCUAGCAGUGUUGCAGAAAAGUUCCCUUUCGCUCCCCCAGAAAUGGUGGCCCAACUUGGGAGGUUGAACUGGGAUCGAUAUAAUCACAUUCUUCGUCUGCAACGGGAAGCAAUGAAGCAGGAGCUUCAAGAGACCACUUUCGGAAAAGCGAAAACCAUCUUCCACGACUCUGGUUUGGGUACGUCGGUACCAGCACAAACAAUUGCGGGGGUAAAAGCAGAGCGUGUCUACGAACCCUCGAUGAUGUCAAGCAGGGCUGAGGCAAGUCACAAGCGUGUGCCACCACUGCCAGCCCAAGCGCGGUCUGGCGAACCUUUCGUAUGCGAGAUCUGCGAGAAGCAGGUGCGGUUUCAACGGACCAAAGCUUGGAAGUAA